UUCGGCCGCGCGCCGUCGUGGCGUAUGUAUCGCUUGCGCGAUGGAUUGUGAUUGUGACAUGUGGUAUUGAUUUGGUGUGUUUUUGUGACGUUGGAAAGAAGCAUGAUGCCUCUCGCACCGACGCCUGUCUUGGCGGUGCCUUCGAAGCCGAAGAUAGGAUUCAGUAUAGACAGUAUAGUGGGUGGUUCGGAGAGGCCGAAGCAUACGUCUCCUCCGUUGGCGAGUCCCGGGUCUCCUUCCCCAGUGGCGUCCCCUCGGAGUCCUUCGCCGAGGCCUUUGCUACGACCGAGCGCUCUACCAGCGGUGUUCCCGAGUCCUGAGAUAAAGAGGCUGCCUUACUUGGAUGCUCAGAGCCAUCACCACCAGUUCUUGGCGCAUUUCCAAGGUGCUGCUUUGGCUGCGGCCUUGGCACAUCAGCAGCAAGGCUUUGGGGGUCCGCUACCACCCCACCCGCCGCCGCACCCCGCUGCGCCGGUCCCCAGGGAGUCCUACCAGUUGUACCCGUGGCUCAUCAACAGGCAUGGGAGGAUUUUCCCUCACAGGUUUCCUGGGGGUCCAGACAUCCCUGGUUUCCUACUCCAACCCUUCAGGAAGCCGAAGAGGAUCCGGACCGCCUUCUCCCCCUCGCAACUCCUGAAGCUGGAGCAUGCCUUCGAGAAGAACCAUUACGUGGUGGGGGCGGAGAGGAAACAACUGGCUCAAGUGUUGAGCUUGACUGAGACACAGGUGAAAGUGUGGUUCCAAAACAGAAGAACGAAACACAAAAGAAUGCAGCAAGAAGAAGAAGCGAAAACUGGAACCAAAUCCGGAUCAUCGAGCUCUAAACCGGAAGACGGUCACCAGUUUAACAACUCGUACGAAGAAGAAGAUGAAGAACUAAUAGAUAUGGACAUGGAUGAGUUAAGUGAAAGUGAAAAUGAAACGUAAAAUGAACGUAAAGUGAACGUAAGUGAUAGGACACAUUAUCAAAGUGACAAAGGUUCGAGUGUAACUUUCAAGUGAACACUUUACACUAAAUAUGACUUAAAUUUACUCAAAUACAGAAAUAGAAUUUAAAAAAGCACAGCUGAACGAUUGGCAUUCAAUAAUUAUAUCCUCUAUGUUGAUAUUGGAGGAAUUAUAGCAAACCAACCGUAGAGUCAUAGACAAGGGAGACUAAGAUUUACGUCAAUUUAAGUAACAAGUUCAUUUGAAAGUGGAUUCUCGGAUCGCAAGGACGCUAUAAAGUGUAAAUAGUAUUGUAAUUUAGUAAAAUAGUGGAUUAUUUUAUUAUUUAUUUCUCGAAUCGACUAAAAAGAGUUUGUAUAAUAUGAUGCUAUAUUUGGAUGUUGGCAACAUUGGAUAAUUGAAUAUAACAUGACGGUUCUAAUCACUGAAUACAGAGCUACUCGUAUGACAUACAAUUAUAGUCGUAUUUGUCUAUUGGAAAGAAACGUUAAUAAGCAAAGUUAACAUAAGGUUAUAAAUCAAUAAUCAUCAGAAAAAUUUAUAAUAACGUGAAAGAAUUCGUAAGAUAAUUAUAAAUAGCCUGUAUGGUUAUCGAUCUUUGCCUGUAGGUAAAUAAUAAAUAAAUUAUUUGUUGGUUGCUGUAAAACUGGAGAAAUUAAUGAGUUAGAUUAUUAUAUUUAACAUUGCUCAUCUUUUAAGUUUAGGUUUUACACAAUAUUAAAAUAAUAAUUAUAGUAUUAAACUUCCAAUUUUUACUAUCGAUUCAGUUGUAGACCAAACCCCUGUAAGAUAUUUUGAACUAGCGACAAAGUACCAUAAAAUUAAAAAAAAAUGUGACACAAUUGUCAUGAAGCUAACUCAAAGAUUCCAAUUUAAAAUAAAAAAAAAAACCAUUACACCAGCAUUUGUUCGGUUAAUUUAUCUCAAUUCACAAAACGCCAUUAAUUAAAGUUAACCUAAACAAGCAACCGUGUCAUUAAAUUAACGGAGCGCGUUCCAAAAUGGCGUCGGGACAUUCUUGUUAGCGCGUCACGAAUUAUUAGGUAUCCAAAAUUGGCCGCAUUAUAAUAGUUUUGGGAUUAAAUUAAUUAAAAAAUGCCUCCUUUGAUGCCUUCCUAGUGAUGUGGGUAUAAUUAGACAGUUUGAUUUUAAACGCUGAUAGGCGGGUCUAUGGUUUCUAAACGAGGGCUGUCAACAUUGGAGCGAGAGGAGAGAUACACUUUCACCAUGCGUUAGAAGAGUGCAGGUUGUGUUUAUAGAGAUGGACAGCGAUUAUAAUACGUUGCUUGUGGGCCUAUUAUUAUUAAGAGAUGAUUUAGGGGUUAGGCCCUCCGUACACAAGGCGAUAAUUUUAGUAUCCGAUAUUAAUUGAAUGCAUGCUAAUGGAAUUAUGUAAUGUAAAAUGUCUGGUGUAUGUUACAAGAGCCGGGUGAUUUAAUUAAUAACUAAUAUGAGUGAGAAAAUAUUGUUAAAUAGUUAAAAAAAAUAUCAAAGAAGUUGUAAAAUCGUAAGAUCGAUUCUAUUGGCUGCAGCAGCAUUGUUGUGUUCACAGGCAUAUAGGCAUACGCUUCAGAUUGAUGUGCAAAGUGCGAAACUUUUUAGGUUAUGUUCCUUCCGUGCUCUGUGAAGUAUUGUUUACUUUACAGUCGAUGGUUUUCCACUUACCAUCAAGUGCGACAUCAGCUUGUGCUGUCAAUUAUUUAUAAAUGAAAAAAUUCACUGUGACACUGACGGACACACGAGGGCUUACUCAUCAUUCUGUUGUACUAACGUUGACACUACGAAAACAAAAAAAAUGUAUUGGAAUUACAUCCGAUUAAAAGAUUAAUUACGUGACCUAUCUACAAAUGUCAUCUCCACACAUUAGUUUUCGAAUCGUUAGUAGAAAAUAAGAGAAUUAAUUCCAAUUUUUUUGUACUGCUUUUUAAAGACCAUAAAAAAAUAUAUCGCUUACUCGUGUUGCCAUGUGUGUGAGAGCCCUUAGGCGUUAGACAUAUCUCGGGCACAGAUCUCGUUCAGUAAUUGGUCGGGCACAACAAAAUUGUUUUUAAACUGUUGCCGAUUGUUCUCCACGGCUAUUUGUCUACGCGCAUUCGGUUUAGAGAUUGAGAUCUCACAAGAUGUCCGUUUGCGAUCGGGUUCACGCUUCGGACGUUGUUGUAUGGUUGUUGUGAACGCUUUGUUGUUGUUGUUGUUGUAUUGAUCUUUGAGUGUGAUCGCUUCUGAGUCAUAGCUGUUGUAAAGGAUAUCUUUAUGUUCAAGAUUUGCAUUUAAAGAUCUAUUUGCUACUAGCAAACGCCCGCAACUUCGAUUUGAAAUUCAGUUUUUCAUAAAUUUUCCGAAAUUAAUAAUUUUUCGGCUUAAAAUGCUAUAUAGCUUGCUCAAUAUCCUCCUCCAUCUUUCAGUGGAAGUUCCAAUAAAAUUAGCUCUGCUGUUUAGGAGAUUAGCUCGGACAAACAUACAGACCGACAAGAAUUUUCAAAAAGAUUGUUUGUAUUUUAAUAACACAUUUGAAAAAAACACAGUUAUGUUUAAGUCACAGACAAACACUUCAAUUUUAUUUAAAUGUUUUGAUGCCUAUUGAUUUAAGACAAUGGCUGGCAAUGGCCAUUUGUCUUUUAGAGUAUCAGUUCUAAUUGUCAGAGCAAUAGAUACAUAUUAUGUAGAAAAAAUAGCUCGUGGCUGAUAUGUUCAAAAUUCAUUUAUUUCAAUUAGGCUCAGAUUACAAGUACUUUUGACUCGUCAGUUGACUAUUUGAAAAGAUUCUACCACGGUUCGGAAGGCAGGUUCUGCUGAGAAGACACCGGCAAGAAACUCAACAGUUGCUCUUUUUAAAAAAAACAUACAAUAUUAUAAUUUACAAUUGAUGACAACAUUACAAUGUCUUAUAGUUCUUCUUCCUGUGUGAAGGUGAAAGCUGGUCCAACGGCCUUUAAGCAUCUUUAUGAUUAAGGAACUCAUCAAUGGUGUAGUAACCUAGCUAUCACUUUUACCAACAACCAAACUCUAAAACUGUAUUUCAGACUGAAACAAAGAUAAGCUUGCUUGGCGGCUGAAUUUAGUUAAACUUUAAUUCUCCUCAUAAUACCUUUAUCUAGCUUCUACAAAAACCAAGAAAAAUAUGAUUUUUUAUGCUUUUGUAUUUAGAUCGCCCAGAAUCCUGGGUGGCAGAAUCUUAAAAAAGCAAGCCUUUGCGUUCACUUAAACGAUUAUAAGCCUAAUUUGUGUUUGCUUUCCGUCUUUUGUUCAGAUGAUUUACGACUCGUUCGCUGCGCUCGGCUAUUUACUUCCCAUUAUGCCUUGUUAUUUCGAAAAUUAAUACUCUCAAUUGUAACUUUUGCAAUUACUUUUUGAGUUACAAUGCGGAUGUUUGCUUUUCUUUUGACGUGAAUACGUCUUUGAAAUUGCUUCCAUCAUCCAUUGCGUCAAUCCAUAAAACGAAUCCCUGCGUGAUCGAAUCAGAAAUGAGGAGAUCCGCAGAAGAACCAAAGUCACCGACAUAGCUCAGCGAUUCGCGAAGCUGAAGUGGCAAUGGGCGGGGUACAUAGUUCGAAGAGCCGAUGGACGUUGGGGUCCCAAAGUGCUGGAAUGGCGACCCCGCACUAGUAAGCGCAGUGUUGGUCCCCCACCAGGUGGACUGACGACAUCAAGCGAGUCGCAGGGAUUCGCUGGAUGCAGGCGGCUCAGUAUCGUGAUGUUUGGAAGUCCCUACAAAAGGCCUAUGUCCUGCAGUGGACGUCCAUCGGCUGAUAUGAUGAUGAUGACCUUGCGGGAAUCGGCUUGUAUGGACUCUUCGCCGCUGCUGUGUAUGGAUAAUUAUGUGUGUUUAUUGUGUGUUUUGAAGUGUUGCUCACACACUUUCUCGCUAUCACUAAGAAGUGAUUUCUGCGGUAGCUCUUCGACUUCCCAGAAUUUCGAUAUUUGAUUGUCUAAUUGCUCGUCCGAUAACGCGGUAACAGCAAAAUUGCAAUUGUUUUGUUUUGUGCACCUACUCAAUUCUAUUGGUCCGGAAAUAAUCCAACCGAAUUGCGAGUUACAUAAAUAUGGCCUUCCGUCACCUAACGAUUUUAUAGUAGAACCCAUUAUCUCCCAGUACAGAUCCGCCCCUAUAAGCGCAUCAAUAGACACUCCGCUGUAAAAAUCCGAAAUAGUUGUUUCUUUCUCACCUUUGUAAUCCUGCAAAAUAGUUAAGAGAUCCUGUAGUCAGAAUCUCAUUGUGUAGAUUCAAUAAUUUACAUAAUUGGCGACCCCGCACUAGGUGGACUGACGACAUCAAGCGAGUCGAAGGGAUUCGCUGGAUGCAGGUGGCUCAGUAUCGUGAUGUUUGGAAGUCCCUACAAAAGGCCUAUGUCCUGCAGUGGACGUCCAUUGGCUGAUAUGAUGAUGAUGAUGGUAAAACGAAUGUAAUAAAAUCGGGGGAUGCAGUGUGUUCUCAGAGGAGACGCCCGUCCUCAUUCGCACGAGAGUUAAAAAAGCGAUAAUAUGUUAAAAACCCAGCGUUGGCUUUUUUAUCGUUCUUAAUUUAAUACAUGGUCUACUUCUAAUGACCUACUUCUAAUGAAUGAUUGGGAAUGCAUUUGUUGUAUUUGAACGCUUUUUCAACGUCCGUUAAAAAAACUCUGGUGUGAAUGGGGGCUUAAAGAGUUGUUCUAGGUUCGAUCCCCGGCUGGGCCGAUUGAGGUUUUCUUAAUUGGUCUAGGUCUGGCUGAUGGGUGGCUUCGGCCGUGGCUAGUUACCACCCUAACAGCAAAGACGUACCGCCAAGUUCCGGUACGAUGCCGUGUAGAAAUUGAAAGGAGUGUGGAUUUUCAUCCUCCUAACAAGUUAGUCCGCUACCAUCUUAGACUGCAUCAUCACUUACCAUCAGGUGAAAUUGUUGUCAAGGGCUAACUUGUAAAGAAAAAAAUAUAUCUUUUUCUAUAAUAUGACUAUUUCCUCUUAAGUUAUUAAAUUGUGUAAAAGAAUGGGAAGGCACGACUUUAGCCCACUAGGCAGAUCAGGAUUUUUUGUAUAGAAGUGUAAUAAUUCUGUAACUUCAAUUGUUUUCUAGUUUAUUAAGAAUCAUAAUGAAUUUUCUCGGCGAUUUUACAUCUCUUUUCCCAUUUUCCGCACAAUUGAACUCCAUUUUCAUUAUGCUUUGUUCAUUAACUGUUUCAGAUUAACGGUCAUGUUGUAAUUUAACGAUCUAUUCGAGAAGUCGACGUUUAAUUGCGUCGCAUUUACUUACUGAUUAGGAGGAAUUAUUUGAAACUAGCUGACGCCGCGCGGUUUUACCCGCUUGGUUCCCGUUCCCGUAGGAAUACAGAGAUAAUAUAUAGCCCAUAGCCGUCCUCGAUAAAUGGGCUACCUAACACUGAAAGAAUUUUUCAAAUCGCCCCAGUAGUUCCUGAGA